UUUCCUUGUAGCAUGCUGCAGAAGCACAGCAUGGCGUCAGAUAAAGAAAGAGAACAAACCAUGAUGAGAAAAGGUAGCAAUGGGAGGAAUGAAGAGGAGGAGCAAAGAAGAGAGGAUGAGAAGAUACUCGCCAAGCUACAGGAGUGGGGAGUACGACCACUUUCACCAAUCAAACGCCGGGUGUGGCCUGGAACGGAUACAGUUGAUGGGACACGUUUCUUAAAAGUUCGCUUCACGGAACAGGUAUGUUCACUACCAUACUCCACAAAAUUUGAGACUCUGAGAGGCACCGAAUUUUUUCGUGUCAUCCAUGAUAGACAAAUACGUGUUUGUAGACUUUGCAUCAAGCCAGGGCACAUAAUCAGAGAGUGCCCUGAAUUAAAGUGCUUCAAGUGCAAUGGUGGAGGCCAUUAUGCAAGAGAUUGUGAAGAAUGGAUGGGAUUAGAGAGAGAGAGAGUGGAUAGUCAAAAAUAUGAUGAAAGGAGGAAUAGUGUUCUGACAGAGGUGCAAGAGGAGGGAACAACUGAUGUGGUGAGCGGUGGAGAGAAAGACGGAGCUGAAGAUAGUGAAAGAAGAAGCAAAAUGGAAUGGCGAGGCAGACCUGAAAGUUACAGUGAAGCAGAAGAUGGGGAGGAGGAGAUGGAGCAGUCGGAAGAGAUCGAGGAAGAGGAGGACACAGAUGAAAGUAAUGUGAAAGAAAGAGGUAAAGAAGAGGAAAAGAAAAAUACUGCACAAGAACUGAUAGAAAGCAGAGGUGGAAAAAAGAGAGACAGAGAAAGUAAAGAGGGACUGAAAACAAAGAUUAAAAGACUGAGUGCAAAGAGGAAGUCUGAGAUGGACGGAGAACAGGUUGAGCAGAUAAAAGAACCACGAGCGGUUAUGUGACAAAACUGGGGUGUCGAAGUUGA